AACAUUCGUUUGAGCAGCAUCUCAGUUCUGGCACUGUUGGUGAAUGAGGAGGAAGCAGAACUACUAAGUACCCAUGUCUCCAUUUUCCAGUUUAUGAUAAAGAAGUUGAGCAAAGCCCUGAAGAAGGAGGAUCACAAGGAUUUGGGGUGGUCAGCUGCUGAAUUGACUACAGCUAUUGGGAAACUGGCCAGGAAUGAUGCCAACAAGAAAGUCCUGGUUGAUGAAGGCUGUCUACCACUUCUUGUUGAGCUGCUGAAUGCUGGCGAGGAAAGGGAAAUUAAAGAAGCUUUAUGCUGUAUAUGGGCUCUGUCCUUUGAUAAGGAAAACAAGAACAAGAUGGUAAAUGAGCCUGGAUUGGUGACAGCUGUUUACGAAAAGUACCUCACAUUGAAUGGUUCUAGCCAACAUGACUGUCAAGGAAUUCUGUGGUCCUUGCGGGAUGAACUUUUGACAUCUCUGGAGUAUAAAAGUAUAG